AAACUAACCAUAAUAAAGAGGUCGGCGGAAAUCUAAAGUUUCUUCGGCUGGUCGUCUAUCGGUCUGAAUUUGAUAAACCGACUCGUCGGACUCCGGCGCCGGCAGCAGAUACACUUCUUCUUCUUCUUUGCCUUUUCAGUUUCGUUUCCCCGUCUUCCCUGUUUCUCUUUAUCUCAAACCAAACUUCCCCUGAACGAUUCGAGGUAUUUUACGGCGGACGGUUUUUUCAAACAGAGUAGAGAAGAGAAAAUGAUGCUUGCGCGUGGUCGUACUUAUGUUAUGUCCUCUCACAAUGUCUCCAUUGGCGCCGCCGCCACCCGUCGCUUGAACUCCGACAUCUGCGUCCGAAUUGGCGUUCCAAGUGGGCACAGUUUCCUUCACAAUUAUUGGAGUAGUAGUUCUAGGAAGACUCCUUCUUUCUUCAAGCAUUUGAAUGGGUUUCUGUCUGAUCCCACUUCCCGGCCUUCAAAUCUACCUAACAGGGAUUUUUCUGUGUCGAAUGGUCUUUCAAGGUUCUCUACAUCAGCUGGAAAUGAUGUAUCUGGUAAUCAGAAGAGUAGUAAUCUAGUGAAGAAGAUUUCUGAAGAGAAUAUCCCUAACACGAAAAUCCUUGCUACUCUAGCUAAAUGUCUUUGGAUGAAAGAUAACCCUGAAUUUCGUUUAAGGGUGUUUGCUGCAUUGGGCUUAUUGGUUGGAGCCAAGGUUUUGAAUGUUCAAGUACCCUUCCUCUUUAAGCUAGCUGUUGAUGGGUUAACUACUGCAACUGGAAAUGCUAGUUCACUUGCUGCAUUCACAACUGAAAAUUCAACCAUUUUGGCUCUCUUUGCAAGUCCUGUUGCAGUAUUAGUUGGUUAUGGUGUGGCUCGGGCAGGAGCAUCUGCUUUUAAUGAGUUACGAACUGCUGUGUUUUCAAAGGUGGCAUUACGUACAAUUCGGUCUGUUUCUCGGCGGGUCUUUUCACAUUUGCAUGAGCUUGAUCUUCGCUACCAUCUUAGUCGAGAAACAGGGGGUUUGAACAGAAUUAUUGAUCGUGGCAGUCGUGCAAUAAACUUUAUCAUUUCCGCCAUGGUUUUCAAUGUUGUACCUACCAUUUUGGAGAUAUCUAUGGUAUCAGGUAUAUUGGCAUACAAUUUUGGAGCCCCGUUUGCUUGGAUCACAUCGCUUUCUGUUGCUGCUUAUGUAGCUUUCACAUUAACUGUGACACAGUGGAGAACAAAGUUCAGGAAGGCUAUGAAUAAAGCAGAUAAUGAUGCCAAUACAAGGGCUAUUGACUCACUUAUCAAUUAUGAGACAGUCAAAUACUUCAAUAAUGAAACCUAUGAAGCUGAAAAAUAUGACGAGUUAUUGAAGAAUUAUGAAGAUGCUGCCUUGAAAACGCAAAGGAGCCUUGCUUUCUUGAACUUGGGCCAAAAUGUGAUAUUCAGCACUGCUCUAUCAACUGCUAUGGUGUUGUGUUCAAAUGGGAUUAUGAGUGGCCAAAUGACAGUUGGUGAUUUGGUUAUGGUGAAUGGGCUUCUUUUUCAGUUGUCUCUUCCAUUAAACUUCCUUGGUAGUGUUUACCGUGAAACAGUGCAGAGUCUUAUUGACUUGAAGUCCAUGUUUCAGUUACUUGAGGAAAAAGCUGACAUUAAGGAUGCAGUUGAUGCAAAGCCUCUGGAGUUCAAGGGGGGUAGCAUUCAAUUUGAGAAUGUUCACUUCGGUUAUCUUCCAGAAAGAAAGAUUCUAGAUGGAGUAUCAUUUUCUGUACAAGCUGGAAAGAGCGUGGCUAUUGUAGGAACUAGUGGCAGUGGCAAGUCUACCAUUCUAAGAUUGAUUUUCAGAUUUUUUGACACUGAUUCUGGAAAUAUAAGAAUAGAUGGUCAAGAUAUAAGAAAUGUAACUCUGGAAUCCCUUCGAAGAUCCAUAGGUGUUGUUCCACAAGACACUGUUCUCUUCAAUGAUACUAUAUUCCAUAAUAUCCAGUACGGUUGUCUUUCAUCAACAGCAGAAGAGGUGUAUGAUGCUGCUCGACAUGCAGCAAUUCACGACACUAUCAUGAAUUUUCCAAACAAGUACUCAACUGUGGUAGGAGAACGUGGUCUGAAGUUAAGUGGAGGUGAGAAGCAAAGGGUGGCUCUAGCUCGGGCUUUCCUGAAAGCUCCUCCGGUUCUACUUUGCGAUGAAGCAACAAGUGCUCUUGACAGCACGACCGAGGGAGAAAUAUUGAAUGCAUUGAAAUCUCUUGCGAUUAAUAGAACUUCAAUCUUUAUAGCUCAUAGGCUCACAACAGCAAUGCAGUGUGACGAGAUAAUAGUUUUGGAGAAUGGGAAGGUAGUAGAACAAGGGUCACAUGAUGCUCUGUUAUUGAAGGCAGGAGGGAGAUAUGCUCAACUAUGGGGGCAACAAAAUAACAGUGUUGAUGAGCUUGAUGCAGAUAUCAAAUUGGAAGCUUGAAAUUAAUAUAUUUAUCCUUCAAAAUAUAAUAUAAAGUUUUGCUAUAUAUAAUGUUUUAAAUUAUUUAAGUGCACUUUUUGGACAUUAACAUUCCAUUUUUUUUAUAAAUGUUUGAACAGUUUCAUUAAUCU